UAAAAAUGGCGUCCGACGAUGAGGAUGAAGAGCUCCAUGCACUGCGAUUAGCUGUCCUACAGUCGAUGAAAAAUAAACUAGCAGCAGAAGAACCGAAACCACCUGAAGAAGUGGUAUCUUUUAGAGAUGCAGUUUUACCUACCAAACAACAACAUGCGAUUGUAACUCAAGUACAGCAAGUAAUGUCAAGCUCUCCAUGGAAUAAUCCCCAUUCUAAUUCGCCAAAAUAUGCACAGUCAAAUUUUCAUGGCAAUUUUAAUCAGGGUGGUUUUCGUGGUAGACCUGCCCGUAAUAGCAACCUCAUUGUUAUUAACCCGGCACCUAUGGAACAACCUGUUAAAGAAACACCAAGAAUCUCUACCACCACUACCACAACAAAUAAACCCAUGUUGAUUCGUCCACAAGACAAAUGGUGUGCCUCGGACACAAGACCAGUUACUGUUGAACAACCAAAGAAAGAAAAAGCUUCAAGUAAAUUUUCAAGAUUUGAUACAAGUGAUAGUGAAAGCUCAGAUUACUCGAGUAGCAGUAGUGACUCAGAGGAAGAAGAAAAAGAGAAAGUUUUAUCACCUGUACAUAAAAGUGACAUUGGUUCUGAUUCAGAUAAUUUUGAUUUGGAAAGUGAUAUAGAAACGCAAAUAGACAAUAUAUUGAAUGAUUCAGUGAAAAAAGCAGAUACAAAGGAGGUUGUGAAAGAAGAAAAAAAACUGUCCCCAGAAUUGCCGAAACAAUCUGCUACUAUAAAUCUUCCUCAGAAGAAAGAAACAGCUGAAGCCCCUAAAAAACAAGUAGUUGAACCUCUGCAAAAACAAACAAUUGAGGUUCCUAAAAAGAAAACUGUUACGAAAAUUGAGGCAAAGCCCAUACCUACGCUGACCAAUAUGUGUAGAAAUAAACCGGUUAAGAAAGAAAGUAAUUGUUGGUCUGACAGCGACAGUGAUACUGUGACUAAUACUCUUCCAAAAUCCAAAAAUAAACGUUCUUGGUCUGACGAAGGCAGUAGUGAUGAAAAUCAAGUUCCUAAGGCCUCAAAAGAAGGCAAAACUGCUCUUUCUUCCCUUUCUAAAGUGUCUGAGAUUACAAAAACUAAUAAGAGCGAAAUAGAAAAACUUGAACUGAAGCGUACUCUUGAAAAUGACUUACAAAAAACUCUAAAUGCUUUACAGACCAUAAAGGAAAAACGUCAAAAACAAGAAGCAGCAAGAAAAAGUUCAUUACCCGAUGUCACCUCAUCAGAGAAAUCGAAUAAAGAUUCCCCUCUUUCAAAGCGGAAAUCACCAAGAUCCAUUUCACCGUCCUCAUCUAGAUCUCCUUCACGGUUAUCUCAACACAAACAGCCAUAUUCCCCAUAUAAAUCUUCUUCUGGCAGAAGAUCACCUUCACCCAGAUGUAAAAGAUCACCCUCACCCAGACGUAAAAGAUCACCUUCGCCCAGAUGUAAAAGAUCACCAUCACCCAGACGUAAAAGAUCACUAUCACCCAGGCGUAGAAGAUCACCAUCACCCAAUCAUAGCAGAUCACCAUUACCCAGACGUAGGAGAUCACCAUCAUCCAAACAUAGCAGAUCACCAUCAUCCAGACAUAGCAGAUCUCCAUUAUUACCCAGACAUAGAAGAUCCCUAUCACCCAGACAUAGCAAAUCACCAGACACAAGACGCAAACGAUCUCCUGCUUUAAGACGAUCAACAAGUCGGUCACCAAGUAGACGUAGAGAAAAACGUAUCUUGACGAGUGAAGAACGCAAAAAAAUUGAGGCAAGGCGAGCCAAGUUUGAAAAUAGAGAGAUUGUGCCUAUUAAGAAAACCGUUUCUUUAAAAGGUAUAACACGCCGAUCGAAAUCAAAAGAGAAAACACACACAGAAAAGUCUGAGCCCUUAAUUAAAAGUGGUAAACCUAAAGUUAACAGAACUCAAGAAAAGCGCAAAUCGAGAGAAUCAAAGGAAAAUGAAAAUAGUGAUAGUGAAAGUUCAGUGUCAUCAGUUAGUGAUAAUGAUAGUAGUGAUGAUGAAGAUCGAUCGUGGCGCAAGGAACAAAACCAAAAUAAACACGCAGAAAUUCGUAAACGAGUGGAGACUACGAGAGAAAAUGUACACCUGGACAGAAAACCUCGUGAAGAUAGAAAACCUCGUGAAGACAGAAAUAUCACUAAACUUAAACAUGAGAAGGGUGAGAAUGGAACCAGUAAAAAUAAAUCUAGUCAUUUAACUAAUAGAAAUUAUAGUCAUAUUUACUCAGACAAUAUAGAUAGAGGCUUUGAUGCCACAAAUUAUCGAAAAACUGAUGUCACUCAAAAAUCUGCCUCGGAUGACAGUGAUUCCGACGAGAAGUGCAAGAAUAAAAAGCUUGUUAGUGUUGUUCUGUUGAAUAAGAACAUUGAGGAGACUAGUCCUAUGAGAAAAGUAGAAAGAUCAGAAAGGGGAUCAAAGUCACCAAGACAAGAUAGAGAUAGAAAUAAAAUUCUUAAAAUUAAGAGGAAAGUGAUAGCCGAUGAUAAUCUCCCUUUCACUAAAAAACCUAAAAACGAGGAUAUCAGAGAUGCCUCUGAGCUACUUCAGGGUGUAAGAAAUAGAAAAAACUUAUCUCGUAAAGCUGUAUUCCGUGAAGAUGGGCGUAACAGCCUAAGUAUCACAGUCCAAGAUAAAAAUAGCAAUAGUGAAUCUCCACCGAAGCCAUCUGUUCAUGAACGUUUGGGUAGAAAAGUGCCAAGUCUCAUGUCUCUAUCAAUAAAAUCAGAUGACUUUGUGAAAGUUUCUAAGAGAGAUUCAUCUCCUGAGUAUUAUGACUCUAAAGUUGUGAAGUUAACUACUAAAGACAAUGAUUCAUCAUAUGAAUCUAGAAAAAGUAGACCUAGAUCAGAAGAUAAAAAAAGAAAGAGAGUAAAAAGAUCGGUUAUUGAUGAAGAUCAAACGACGGAAUUACAAGAUGGACCUGAUGAUGCUUUAGAAAAACGUAUUCAGAUGAUAAAAGAGAAAAAUGCGGCCAUAUUGAAAAGACAAGCUGAAAUUCAGAAAGAUAAAGAGAAAUUUGGUUAAUUCAACUGCUUUUGAUAGGUUUGAUAUUAAGAUCAUCUUGCCUGAAAUAUAUUCCAUCUGAAAAAUGUGUUCUGAUUAGAUCCAUAACAUAACUAAAUGUUUUUGAAAUAAUUUUUCCAAGAAUUUCAAGACGGACAUGUAUGUACAUGUAUACUAUAUCUACAUGUUAGAUCUUUUUUUCCAGUCACGGAAAACCUAUGUCACUACACACUUGAGAUACCCCACCUUACUGACCUUUUUCUGGUUUUAAAUAAUAAAGAGCAGUGCUUAUAGAACAGACUCUUUUUUGCACAAUAUCUGUUGAACCGAGAAGAAGCCAUAUUUUUACAUGGGUUGGGGUUGACUUCAAAUAUUAGGAAUGUGAAUGAUUUCAAUUUACAGGAAUUUUUUACUGUCUUCUGUCUGUUUAAUAAUACAUAAUCAAAUGCAAAUAAACUUGCCAUUAAUAUGUAUUAACAUUUUAACUUAUAAAAUAUAUGAUUUGUGUUUCAUUACAUGUACAUAUAUAAUUAUACAUACAGUGUAUAGCUAAAUACAGUUGAUUCCCAUUGACUAGAACAUCUAUAUAUUUACAAUGGUAGUGUAUUAAACAGGUAGCCAUUGUAACUUACGGUUGAUUCUACUUGUGCUGUGUUGAUGCUCUAGCUAUUUGUUACACACAAGAACAAGAGAUUCCCAAUUCAAAAUAGAGUUUACAGUGAGCUUAUUUGGGGACAGAUCUUUAGGAGAGGAAACGGCAGGAACCAAGCAAGUUUGGCAUUCAUCCAUCCUCCUCAUUUGAUAACAAAAGUCGUGCUGUGCAACCUUUCCCCUCUUUAGUUGGACAACAUUUUUAUAUGUACUUAGCACAAGGACGACGUCUUUGAUGAAAAAAGCCCAUGAUACCUCCUAGUAUGUAAAUGGAAGUGCUCAUUUUCAAAAAAAAAAUACAUUUCAAAAUAUGUAUAUUCUUUUAACUGUUCAUACUGAUUGCUAUGUUUUACUAACAUCUUAUGACAGAAAAUGAUUAAAUUUGUGAUGUUUAUUAAAUUGUAUAUGUUGAUUUUUGUUUUGUAUAGAGUUGAUCAUGUAUGUGUGUCAAAUUAUGAUAAUAAAUAUAUGGUGCAUUUGGAGGAUUUAAAUUGUUUCUUUUUCAGUUAAAUUUGAACAAAUUGUUAAAGCUUACCGCAUUUACAUAGUAAAAUUUGUUUACCUUGUGCAAUAUUCUUUUAAUUCCUUUAUGCGAAUAAAUCUAUAGUCAAGAAGCAACAAUCAAUAAUCCACUUAAAAUUGAGACCAGAUAUGAAUUGGUUUUGUUUUUCUAUGUAGAAGCGGUUAUUGCAUUAUUUUAUGUUCAUAUAUUCAAGACUUACUGUCGAACAUAAUAGUAUAAAAUAAUGAAAUGUUACUAAUGCCGAUUAAGUUAAUCGAAAUCCUGUAAAAAUAUAUAUAUGUUAAAACAGAUAUAACUGUGUUGUUAGUCAGGUAAGAUGUGACAUUUACUUUUUAUUUUUAAUGAAUAUUACUGUAGAUAUUUUUAUAAUUCAACUUUAGACCAAAUUACUUAAAAUUUAUUCUGAUAAUUAUGUCAUGAAGACUAGUAUAUUACCACCAUCGUUACUGAUGUUUAAGAAUAAUUUUUUUAAAAGUUUUAAUGAGCAUUAAAAAUCUUAAAGGACGUAUGACUCUAAUCUUUUGAACCUUAAAAUAGAUGAAAAUGGUUCUAAAAGCACAUAUUAAUGUAAUAUGAAUGUAUGUAAAGUGAUUUAUAUUCAUUUGUAAAGAAAAAUAUUGUAAUUUCUAAUCAAUUAUGUUCGUUGAAAUAUGCGAACAGUCCAAAUUAGACAGCCACCUUUUACGUCUACCAAGUCCAUUCUACAGGUUUUUUAAUUAUUAUUUUGUCGUUUGUGAAUCAGCCAUUAAUAAUAACUUCCUCAUUGACUUGUAGGAUAUAUGUUUGUCUUUGUUCAUUACAAAUGGCGCUCGAAACCAUAGGGUACACGCCAUUGUGUCUUAUAUAUUGGAUAUUAGGAUCUCAUAUUUUUAUGGCAAGAUAACAGCAUCAAUAUUGAUUGAAAUGGGCCAAUCUUGAAUUCCAUUUCAUGUUUUUAAUUUCGAAUAUUAUGAACAAUUUUAGUUUCUUUAAUUGUGCGAUAUUUUUAAUUCAAUAUUUAUGUUUUUAGUGCUAUUCAUAAUCACUGGAAAAACACAACUAGGAUUAGUUCAAAGGUCACUAUAAAUAUAUUACCAGUAAUUGUAUUAUUGCUAGUCAUUUUUUUUUUAACAUUUAUUUCAAAGUUUCGUUCAAAAGAAGAAAGUAUUUUAUAGAUAUUUUUUUAUACCACUGCUCACUUGGUAUUCACUUCCAUGUACAUUAUCAUUCAUCUGAGGAAAAAAUUUUAUUAACAUAAUUUCUUUAUUCAUCAUCCAUCCUUCCAUUUAUCAAUCCUUUGCAUUUACAUAGGAGAAAGCCUGCCUGUGAUAUAUUAUUGAUGAAAUCUCAGUGUAUUUAUGAUUUUUAAACUAUUGUUAUUAUUAUAUAUAUUUAUGAUGUUAAUGUUUGUUAUAAAUGUGGUGUGAAUGUAGCGUGAAUGAGUUUCGGUGAGAAUAGUGAUCCAGUGUCUUCUGAUAUAAUUGUUUAUUUAUUUUUUCAGAAAUUCAACAGAUCCGUUAAAAAAGAAGAAUAAAUAAAAAAAUAUAUUUUUUUA